AUGUGGGAGAUAGAUCUGGAAAUUUUGUUCCUAAGGACAGAUCUCAACCAGUGACUGAUGGUUUAAGUAUACUCUGAGAAAUACACUUUCAGGAAAUGGCCUCUAAAUCUUGGCUGAAUUUUUUAACCUUCCUCUGUGGAUCAGCAAUAGGAUUUUUUUUAUGUUCUCAGUUAUUUAGUAUUUUGUUGGGAGAACAGGAUGACACUCAGCCUAAUAUUCUUCAUAAUGAUCCUCACGCUAGACAUUCAGAUGAUAUUGGACAGAAUCAUCUAGAAGGUCAAAUGAACUUCAAUGCAGAUUCUAGCCAACAUAAAGAUGAAAACACAGACAUCGCUGAAAACCUCUAUCAAAAAGUUAAAAUUCUUUGUUGGGUUAUGACAGGCCCUCAAAAUCUAGAGAAAAAGGCCAAACACGUCAAAGCCACAUGGGCCCAGCGUUGUAACAAAGUGUUAUUUAUGAGUUCUGAAGAAAAUAAAGACUUCCCUACUGUGGGAUUAAAAACCAAAGAAGGCAGAGAUCAGCUGUACUGGAAAACAAUUAAAGCUUUUCAGUAUGUUCAUGACCAUUAUUUAGAAGAUGCUGAUUGGUUUAUGAAAGCUGAUGAUGAUACAUAUGUGAUACUAGACAAUUUAAGAUGGCUUCUUUCAAAAUAUGACCCUGAGCGACCCAUUUAUUUUGGAAGAAGAUUUAAGCCCUAUGUGAAGCAAGGCUACAUGAGUGGAGGAGCUGGAUAUGUACUGAGCAAAGAAGCCUUGAGGAGAUUUGUUGAUGCAUUUAAAACAGAGAAAUGUACACAUAGUUCCUCAAUUGAAGAUUUAGCACUGGGAAAAUGCAUGGAAAUUAUAAACGUAGAAGCGGGAGAUUCCAGAGAUACCACUGGAAAAGAAACUUUUCAUCCCUUUGUACCAGAACACCACUUAAUCAAAGGUUUUUUACCCAGAACUUUUUGGUACUGGAAUUACAAUUAUUAUCCUGCUAUAGAGGGUCCUGGUUGCUGUUCUGAUCUUGCAAUUUCUUUUCACUAUGUUGAUUCCACAACUAUGUAUGAAUUAGAAUACCUCGUUUAUCAUCUUCGUCCAUAUGGUUAUUUAUAUAGAUAUCAGCCUGCCUUACCUGAGAAUAUACUAAAGAAAAUAAGUCAAUUAAACAAGGAUGAGGAUCCAAAAGUAAAAUUAGGAAACCGUUAAAAAAAAACAAAAAAAGAAUGAACCCAGGUAAAAUGGUCUAGCAUUGCACUGAAGAAGGAUUUUUCUGCAUUUCUGACAUAAAAUCCUGAAAUCCAAGUGAGGAAUUCAUUCUUCUAACUGAACAUUCCACUUAGAAAUCUUUCAAAUGAGUGACUGCAAACUGAAGCUUUAAGUGAGCUGUGAAGUCUGUUAAAAUGUAUUUUGAUACAAUAAUAUAUAUAUAUAUAUAUAUAUAUGUGAAAAACAUGUUUUUAAAAUGUUAACAUAGAAAAACCAGAAGCGAUUUUGUUGCCCGUUCCCAACCAUGUGUAUUGUCACUGAGAAACUAAAACAGCUAAAUUUGCUAUACCUAUACUGCAUCAUGUAGUAACAUCCAAUGCUAAACAGACCUGCCUUAAAGAAAUUCUAGAAGCAAAUAUUGUUGCUCAGUGUUAUUUAUAAACUCAUUUGCAGUAUAGUAUAAAUGAAUCAGCCCAACACACAGUUACCCAAUUAAAAUUUUUCUGUGAUUAUUUAUAA